AAGACAACAGGUCGUUCUGCAAAGCUAUAUGGUUGGUGACGGGAUCAAGCAAGCUAAAGCGAUUGAAGCGUUUCAGUUUGACGCUAGCUUUCGUCGAUGGUGGCUGAACCUUUCCAAUGGAGAACCGGAUACCAACGUGUGUGUGCAUCAAAUUCGUUGGCCAUCAAUCUUUUUAUCUCGUCUAACACGCUUUUGAAAAGUAAAGUGAAACGAUUGAAUCCGAUUAAAGUAGUACUUCGGAUGAAAUGUUCAGUAAAUGUUAGCCGUGAGGAAGUUUUCAGUGCAUGUGUAACAGUGACCGGAAUGUUGAAAAGUUGAAAUCCCGCUUCAUUUUUAUCUGGUCAGCAGUAUUCAAGUCAGUGAAAGAAGAAAAAAGUGCCCCCGGUCACCUUAUCGAGGAGGUUUGUGUCGUCGGUAAAUUAGGGGGAAAAAUUACGAUACAAUCGGGUUUUGUGGUACGUGUUGCUAGAACUGAUUUGUACCAUGUUUGGUGCUGUGCACACAGUGUAAAACCGCAGCCGGACAGAUGUUGCGCUCGGUGCUACAACAACCCGUACCGGACGAGCAGAACGGAUGCUGCUGAAGCGUGUGGCAGGUGUGUGUGUGUGUGUGUGUGAUAAGCAAGUGAAUGUUUUCCUCCCCAACCCGGGGAAGCUUUUGCGAAGGUGUGAAAGCUAAGCACCCUUAAACCUUCGUCCAUCGUCACCGUUUGCAGAACGUCCCGAAAAUGAGCGAAUCGGUCGAGCUGGAGCUGUUGAUAAAUUGUACCCAGGCGACCAUUCUGCGGUUUCCCUGGUCGACGGACUUCAACACAACCGUGAUCGGCGAACUGAAUCGAACGGAAGUGCUCGAUGUGUUGGGCGAAAUGAUUACCAGAAGCCGUGGGUACGUGCCAAAGUCAGCCGACCUGCUAACGCUAAGGGAGUUCAUCACGGAAUGCCUGUUCCCGACCACCAAAAGCCCGUACGAGCUGCCGUGGCAGCUGAAGACCGCCUGGGGCGUCGUGUUUGGCGCGAUGCUGCUCGUAGCCAUCACCGGCAACUGUAUCGUACUGUGGAUCGUACUCGCCCAUCGUCGGAUGCGCACCGUAACGAACUACUUCCUGCUGAACCUGAGUGUGGCCGACCUGCUGAUGUCGUCGCUGAACUGUUCGUUUAACUUUAUCUUCAUGCUCAACUCGGACUGGCCGUUCGGGUCGGUGUACUGUACGAUAAACAACUUCAUGGCCAACAUGUCCGUCGCAUCGUCCGUGUUUACGCUCGUGGCGAUAUCUUUCGAUCGAUACAUUGCGAUAGUGCAUCCGUUGCGCCACCGGACGUCAAGGAAGAAGGCCCGGAUCUUUCUUUUAAUCAUCUGGGCGUUAAGCUGUGUCCUGGCGGCACCGUGCCUGAUGUACUCUACUGUGAUGACGAAGCGAUAUAAUAAUGGCAAAACACGAACAGUGUGUUACAUGCUUUGGCCGGAUGGACGAUACCCAACAUCCAUGGCAGAUUACAUCUACAACCUGGUGUUCCUGAUACUCACCUACGGUAUACCGAUGUUGAUCAUGAUCGUCUGCUACUCGCUGAUGGGUCGCGAGCUUUGGGGCAGCCGGUCGAUUGGCGAACACACCGAACGGCAGCUUGAGUCGAUGAAAUCGAAAAAAAAGGUUGUGCGUAUGUUUAUAAUUGUGGUAACGAUAUUUGCCAUCUGCUGGUUACCAUAUCAUCUGUUCUUCGUCUACGCGUAUCACAACAACCAGAUGACGUCUUCGAGCUACGUGCAGCAGCUUUAUCUUGGGUUCUACUGGCUUGCCAUGUCAAACGCAAUGGUUAACCCUAUCAUCUACUACUGGAUGAAUGGCCGCUUCCGGGUUUAUUUCCAGGAAAUCAUCUGCUUCUGCUGCCUACAGUUCAUCAACUCGCGUAUGCGCGAUGGUGUGCCCCAGGGUGUGCUGCUAAACAAGAAUUCCAACUCCGAGCUGGGACGGUAUCGGUCGUAUCGACAACGGUCCGUUUCGGUACGAUGGCGACCACCGAGCACGGAAGAGUACCGGAUGCGAACUGGCCUACCGCGUCCGGCUCAUCUGAGCGUGAACGUGCUAGAAAGUGCGGCAAACGGGGGCGGUGACAAGCAGCCGGUUGCCGACAUUGCCGAACUGCAGACCAUCAACUUCCUGCAUCUAAACCACAACUCGAACGAGCUACAGCACAGUUCCUCCAACAGCCACGAAUUCUCUUGACAUCCGCAGUACGAUUAA